AUGUUAUUAUCACAAUCCAAUGUCAACAGAAGCUUUACUAGUCAACCUUCAAGAUCAAUGAGUCAGAUCACCAACGACGUUGAAGAGUUAACUGACGAAGAAUUGCUAAAACAGGUGAAUGAUUUAAAACACCAAAUCCGAAUAUUAACUCUAGAAAAUGAGAUAUUUGAACGAACUAUGACGAGAUUAGAUCCGACUUUAUUAAAUGGAAUACAACAAGCGUUAGAAUUCGCGAGCAAACUAAGGAGAAGUUCUUCAAUAAACAUUAGCAGUUUCGUUAAAUCACAGACUUCAAAGGUAUUCUUUGAUUCUUUGACCAGUCCUUCUAGAAUGCUUGCGAGCCCUUCUAGAGUAUCUUCUAAAAGAGCAGAAUCUUCAGCAAGAAUUGGUGGCACUGUUACGUUUGGAACUGUUCCACAAAUUAAUGUCCUAGAAAGAUCGGAACUGGUAUCCAUCGAAAUGGAGAUUUUAGUUACAAAUUUAGAGAAAAUGAGGAAAAAGGCAGCUAAGCAACAAGCUUUAUUAAAAGCACAAUUGGAAGAAAUUGAAGUUCGAGUCAAUGAUAUACAGAAGGCAAAUGAAACGUUCAACCAACAAGUUAUAGUUGAAGGAUGGGAUAGAAUAGCACAAAGGAUUCCUGCUGAAAUUUGGAUCAAAUAUAUGAAUGAAUGGGUUAAGAUAGCCGAUAGUAAAAUUAGCAAACUAAGACUCCGAACAAGUACCUUAAACACUCAGUACAGUAAAUUGAAAGGGCAAAUAAAAGUGAAAGCUGAACUUAGUGAAAGCUUGAGACCAGUGGAUUUUGAAAAAAUUAACAUAGAAAACAACGAAUGUUUGGCAAUCAUAGAAAACAAACUGCAACAAUUGGCAGAAUUAAAAAAAAUGACUGGAGAUGCAAAUUUAACUCUAACUAUACACAAGAAAGCGUUAAUGGAGCAAGAUAUAUAUUUGAAUCAAAUUCUAGACAAUGUAAGGAACAAACAGAAACAAACUCAGAAUUUGCACAAGGAAACAGAAAUAAUACAAGUACAAGCUAAGAGCUUAGAAGAAAGAUUAGAAGGCAUCAAAAAAUUAAGAAUGGCAUACGAAGUUCCUGACAUAAUGGACUAUGUUUGUGUGAAAGCAGAAGUGACAGAUUUAAAACGUAGUGUAAAAUUAUUGCAGAACAGACUUCAUCUACUUCAAAUUGCUCUUUCAUCGCACAACAAGAAGCUAAAAAUUAAUGUAUUUGAGUAA